AUGGCUACGACGGUGCUUAUUACGGGAGCGGGUGGAUUCCUGGGCUCGAUGCUGGCGGACACGCUGGUUCGACUUCAGCCGGAACAGACAUUUCAAUUCGUGCUCGUGGACGUGCACACACCACCUGCACCCAAGACGUCGGGUGUCAAGUCGGUGUGUCUUGCAGCGGAUCUGACCACCCCGGCGGGAGUCAAGUCGAUCUUUGAGACCGAGUUGGGACUUCCUGCUGUGAUCUACUCGCUGCACGGCAUCAUGUCCAAAGGCUCGGAGGACAAUUGGGAUUUCGGCUUCCUGGUCAACUUUGACUCGACACGUGCACUGCUCGACCAAGCCAAGAAGCUGACCCCCGGGGUAAAGUUCAUCUUUGCCUCUUCGGUUGGUGUCUUCGGUGGCAAACUUCCGGACGAGGUCACGCCCGAUACAUACCCGCGGCCCGAAUCGAACUACGGGACGGCCAAGGUGAUGUGCGAGUAUCUCGUCACCGAGUAUUCGCGCAAAGGCUUCAUCGAUGGUCGAGCGGUGAGACUUCCUACAAUUACGGUGCGUCCUGGAGCACCUGCAGCCGCCACUACUGCAUUUGUAUCCGGCAUCAUUCGAGAACCCCUGCAGGGCCUCGAAAGCUCGUGCCCCAUCGGUAAGAGUGCCGACGACCCCGUGUUGGAUACGACCAAACUGUGGAUCAGCAGCCCCAGCACGGUGCUCGAGAACUUUGUCAUCGCAAAGGACAUUCCCGCCGAAAAGUUCCCCAAGUACAGCAGGGCCGUCAACCUGCCCGGCUUCACCGUGAGCGUCAAGCAGCAGAUCGAGGCACUGAGGAAGGUCGCCGGAGACGACGCGGUCGCCAAGAUCAAGUUCGAAAAGGACGAGGUGUGCGAGCGACUCGUGGCCACCUUCCCUGCCGUGUUCGACAAUGAGUUUGCGCUCAGCAUCGGAUUCAAGGUCGACCAGGGCGGAUUCGAGGCCAACGUCAAGGAGUUCCAGGACUUCCUUGCGUCGCAGAAGUCGAAUUGA